AUGGAAGGCGCCGAAAACCCAACUCUCCUCUCGUCCACCCCCUCACCAACAUCCUCGAGCCCACCCUCCUCCUCCACCACAACAACCGCAGCUUCCACAGACCCCCUCACCUUCAAAUGCCCCCUAUGCUCCACCGACCUCCACCGCUUCGCCCUCAAUCCCCAAUCCUGCCUAACAAUGUGCACAACCGCAACCUGCCCCUUCCCCUUCAACCUCCUCAAAGACGAAUUUGACGCAAGAUGGAGUCAGAAUCCGAGGUUAGAGUGGAGGACUUAUGCUGGGACGCUGUGUCCGGAGCUCCAACAACAACCCACCAAUACUCAGACGCAGAGUGGAGGACAGACGGGGGUGGUAGGACAAGGGACAGGGGGGAUGGCGGGGGUGACGCCAGGACCGGCGUAUACAUAUACCCCACCCCAGCCCCUCAUACCCCCCUUCCGCGCCUCCUCCGGCUACGUCGUGCGUAUCCCUUCGUCCACCACCACCUCAAGCACCUCCUCCACAACCACCUCAACCCCCCAUCUCCCAACCCGCCUCUCCCUCGACAACCGCAUCCCAACAAUCGGCUCCACAGCCGGUGCGCUUCCAAAUCACCUCACCCCCCGAAUCCUCGCCCAACCCUCUUUGCAGUUGCAGAUGCCGAGACAGAGAGUGCCGGGUGCGUGGCCGGGGUAUCGGCAUGGGGGUGAGAGGAGUGGGAGUGUGAGUGUGAGUGCAAGGGUUAAGGCUGCGCCGAUACCGGCUGCUACGGGUGGGGUAAAGACGUUGGUUAUGAAGCCGAUGCCGGAGAGGAGGGGGACGGCCGGGACGGCCGGAACAGGGAGUGGGAGUGGAGGUGGACAAAGACAAGGGGGGACAGGGGGAGGAGGGGGUGGAAGGAUAACGGAGUUUGCGGUGCCGAUUGUUGGGGGAGGGCCGCCUGGGGGAGGGCCGCCUGGGGGAAGGCCGGGCGGUGUACAAGGACAAGCACAACCACGAGCGCAAGGACAGGGUGCAGGGGCAGUGGGUGCGAUUGGGCACGCGACAUACAGUGGAUUGGUACAGACAGGCGCACAACAGUCACAACAGCAACCGCGAGCACAAACAUCACACAACAUCGACGCAGAAUUCACACGCCUAACAACAAACGCAAACGGCAUGGUAACAGACGAAGAACUCCACCGCCUCCUCGCCAGUCCCGACAUCGACGUCGACCUCGAUGGCCCCUCCUCCUCCCUACCUUCCUUCCUCACCCCUCCGGCCUCCGAGCCAUCACCCAAAAAAUUGAAGGUUACACACACACACGACGAGCACGAUAACUGGGAAGAAGAGGUGGGCGCGAUGUGGGAUGCCAUGACAGCCUGUGGACAAGCACAAAGACAGGAUGGAAGACCGACGAGUACGUGUUCUUCGCCGACGUCUAGGAUGAUGGAGGAGAGUCCGGCGAAGCAUAAGAAAGUGAACUCGAUUGGUGGAUUGAUUUUACCGGGGUUCGAACUGGCGCCAGCACCGAUAUCGCGGCCAGGGGCCACGAAGGAUGUAGGUGAGGAGCCGGACGGGGUAGGUUCGGUAUUGGAGGGUUUGGGUGUGGGAGGGGAAGAGAAGGCAGUGGAGUUCAAUUUCGAUGAAUUGGGCUUGGGGGUCGGAGAGGGGGAUGAUGCAGGAGAUUUUGAUGGAUUUGAUGAGUUGGAGAAGGAGUUGGAGGGGUUGCUAUGA